UGCUCUCUUAGGACUCCAUCCCCCACCAUCCCCCGCGGCCUAAGCCGUUGCCUCUUCCUGUUUAGGGGACUAUUCUCUAAGCCGCUGCCAACUGAGAGGACUGCCUUCCCCAGUGCCUGGAAUCUGAGAAAAAAUGGCAAAUGUGGAUAGUGACUCUAGGCAUCUUAUCUCUGAGGUAGAACAUGAAGUAAAUCCUGGACCUAUGAAUAUCCAGUUUGACUCCUCAGACCUAAGAUCUAAAAGGCCUUUCUAUAUAGAGCCUACCAACAUUGUCAAUGUGAAUGAUGUCAUUCAGAAGGUCAGCGACCAUGCUGCUGCUAUGAACAAGCGGAUUCAUUACUACAGCCGGCUCACCACUCCUGCAGACAAGGCACUGAUUGCUCCAGACCACGUGGUUCCUGCUCCAGAGGAAUGCUAUGUGUACAGUCCAUUGGGCUCUGCCUAUAAACUUAAGAGUUACACUGAAGGCUAUCGUAAAAACACCAGCUUAGUUACUAUUUUUAUGAUCUGGAAUACCAUGAUGGGGACAUCUAUACUAAGUAUUCCUUGGGGCAUAAAACAGGCUGGAUUUACUACUGGGAUGUGUGUCAUCGUGCUGAUGGGCCUUCUAACACUUUACUGCUGCUAUAGAGUGGUGAAAUCACGGAGUAUGAUAGUUACAUCGGACACAACUACCUGGGAAUAUCCAGAUGUCUGCAAACAUUACUUUGGCUCUUUUGGGCAAUGGUCAAGUCUCCUUUUCUCCUUGGUGUCUCUCAUUGGAGCAAUGAUAGUUUAUUGGGUGCUUAUGUCUAAUUUUCUUUUUAAUACUGGAAAGUUUAUUUUUAAUUUUAUUCAUCACAUUAAUGACACAGACACUGUACUGAGCACCAAUAAUAGCAGCCCUGUGAUCUGUCCAAGCGCCGGGAGUGGCCAUCCUGACAACAGCUCCAUGGUCUUCUACAACAAUGACACGGAAGUGCGGCUGUUUGAGAGGUGGUGGGACAAGUCCAAGACAGUGCCCUUCUACCUUAUAGGGCUCCUCUUGCCGCUGCUCAACUUCAAGUCUCCUUCGUUCUUCUCCAAAUUUAAUAUCCUGGGUACGGUAUCUGUCCUCUAUUUGAUUUUCAUUGUUACCCUGAAGGCUAUUCGCUUAGGAUUCCAUCUGGAAUUUCACUGGUUUGCGCCAACAGAAUUUUUUGUACCAGAGAUAAGAGCUCAGUUUCCACAGCUGACAGGGGUGCUUACUCUGGCCUUCUUUAUUCACAAUUGUAUCAUCACACUCUUGAAAAACAACAAGAACCAAGAAAAUAAUGUGAGAGACCUGUGCAUUGCUUAUAUGCUGGUGACAUUGACUUAUCUCUAUAUUGGUGUCCUGGUUUUUGCCUCAUUCCCUUCACCUCCAUUACCCAAAGAUUGUAUUGAACAGAACUUCUUGGACAACUUCCCCAGCAGUGACACCCUGUCCUUCAUUGCACGGAUAUGCCUGCUGUUCCAGAUGAUGACUGUGUACCCACUCUUAGGCUACUUGGCUCGCGUUCAGCUCCUGGGCCAUAUCUUCGGUGACAUUUAUCCUAGCAUUUUCCAUGUGCUGAUUCUUAACUUAAUUAUCGUGGGUGCUGGAGUGACCAUGGCCUGCUUCUACCCAAACAUAGGAGGGAUCAUAAGGUAUUCGGGAGCAGCGUGCGGCCUGGCUUUCGUGUUCAUAUACCCUUCUCUCAUCUAUAUACUCUCCCAACACCAAGAGGAGCGUCUGACAUGGCCUAAGUUAGUGUUUCACAUCAUCAUCAUCAUUUUGGGCCUGGCGAACCUGAUUGCUCAGUUUUUCAUGUGAAAACCGUUUUCUCAAGAUUCCUCAUGGUGUUCUGAACCUUGGCAACGGUUCUGCAUAAAAGAACUUGAAAAUGC